AUGGUCGGAGACCACACACACACUAUAAGAGAUGGUCAGAGACUACGCACAUGCUAUAAGAGAUGGUCAGAGACUGCAGACAUGCAACAGGAGAUGGUCGGAGACGACGCACAUACUAUAAGAGAUGGUCAGAGACUGCGGACAUGGUACAGGAGAUGGUUAGAGACUGUAGACAAGAUACAGGAGAUGGUGAGAGACUGUAGACAUGGUACAGGAAAUAGAGACUGCAGACAUGGUACAGGAGAUGGUCAGAGACUGCAGACAUGAUACAGGAGAUGGUCAGAGACUGCAGACAUGGUACAGGAGAUGGUCAGAGACUGCAGACAUGGUAC